GCAGACUGGCGGCUACUUCCUUUGGGCACAGACCUCUUCACCGCUGGAGGCCGGCACCUCGCUCUCUCUCAAGCAUUCAGCAAACAUUUGGGCCCCUGCUCUGAGCCAAGCUCACUGCUAGAAAUGAAAGACUACACCUGCCUUCAGGGACUGUGCAUAGGGACAGGGAGGCAGCCAGACCCCUCCUUCUGCACCCACAUUCUUCUUCCCACUGAAGAAUCUGAUGUGGUCUGAGUGGUGGCCUGGGCUUCGGGGGGCACUCAGGCAUUAAAGGCAAGCUUUUUCUUUAGUGGACUGAUGAAUGAGAUCGAGAAGAACCAUUGGGGUCUGAAGCUCCAGACUCGAACAACCUCACAUAGACCUGGAAACAGAGCAGCGGUGAUUGCCACCUGCUGACACACCACCCAGACCGCCCAGGGACUGGAGCAGUGUUCUAGGCCGGCCGGGCCUCCCACCCGCAGAGCCCGGAAAAUAUCCCUGAUUAGAGCAAUUAGAGCGACUCCCUGAGCCGGUUCAGAAUUUGCUUAAUCGCACUCACUUCACUGAACUCAGGUUUUGGCUUCGGGGGUUUUAGGAAAAGAAAAAAAAAAAAAAAAAGCAAGUUUAGGGAAAGGAAGCAAUUAGAGAGAGAGCAUUCAAAUUGAUUCUCUUCUCUAGUCAGUUCAGAGUUGGCAGAAGAGAAGGCAAAUGCUAUCCAUGACCAGGUGUAAGUAGAAGGAGGCUGAUUUUGGAAGAUGGGUCCUUGGAGCCUUGUUUGGAUGAGAAUCCCUGAGAUCACAAAAGGAAGCAGCUGAUAUAUGAAUUUUGGACUUGCCCAGUCUCAAGGUCAGAAUGCUGCUCUUCUGUCAUGCUCUAGUUGUAGCAGUUGUCCAGAUCUUUAUCUUCUCAGAAAACCGGGCCUUUGCCAAGAACAUCAACUUCUAUAACGUGAGGCCUCCUCUCGACCCUACACCAUUUCCAAACAGCUUCAAGUGUUUUACCUGUGAAAAUGCAGGAGAUAAUUAUAACUGCAAUCGAUGGGCAGAAGACAAGUGGUGUCCACAAAACACACAGUACUGUUUGACAGUUCAUCACUUUACCAGUCAUGGAAGAAGUACAUCCAUCACCAAAAAGUGUGCCUCCAGAAGUGAAUGUCACUCAGUUGGCUGCCACCACAGCCGAGAUUCUGAACAUACAGUGUGUAGGUCCUGCUGUGAAGGAAUGAUCUGCAAUGUGGAAUUACCCACCAACCACACUAACGCGGUCUUCGCCGUAAUGCAUGCUCAGAGAACGUCUGGGAGCAGUGCCCACACGCUCUGCCUGCCAGCGCUUGCCUGGGUUUUCAUGCUUCCAUUGAUAUGAUGCCGCCAUUCCUAGGAGAGGCAGAGCCCAGCCCUCUGACGCACAAACUAAAAACUGUGUAAACAGCGAACUUUUGAGUGAAGAGCAAUCUUGCAAUUGGUGAAGAGUACACAUUGGACUCAAAGCAGAAGACAGUUGUUUGCUUGGUUAAAACGCUCUUGCAUGAGGCCAUGGGAUUCAGGAAGGGAAUUUGGCCUGGACUGAGGGCAUUUUCUGGCUUCCAGGCUUCCUGGUCAAAGAGGCUGCAUUUUGUCACUUUUGCAGGAAGGAUCCUGCCAGCACCCACAAUGGACAGGCUGUAGUAGCCUAUGUUGUCCCCACCUGACCAGGCCUUUAGCUGAAAGGACUCCUUGACCUCACUGACUCUUUCAGAAGCUGCUGGGUCAGAUCUCUUUCUGUGAUUAGCUCAGAGUGUCUCUGGGAAGUCUAACCCUUCCCCUGAUGAAAAAGCAAUGUGUGCUAAUUGUGUGUGUGUGGAGGAGAAUAAAGCUUUUAAAUUAUGCAGAGUAAAAUGCAUGCUUGGGUGUUGCCUGACUGACAUGAAGAUCUCAGAUGAAACACAUUUAAAGUGUCAUAAAGGAGGUCACUGAAGUUAUGCUUUACACACACCCUGGGGGAUAUUUUCUGGCUUAAACUAUAAAACUUCAUGCCAAA